AUGGACACGGGUCACUGUGUAAUUGCUGCAGUGGCGUUUGUCGGGGGCUGGUUGCUUCGCGAGUUCACGACCGGUAGCCCUGAGGCUCCUGCCUGCAACUGCCAUUGUGCGUGUGCGAGUGUUGGACAAUCCAGUGGAACGUCCUGGAGUACCCUUGUUACUGGAGGGAUAGCAUUGGCUCUUCUGAUUGUCAUCUCAACUCAAGCUGCUCUUAUUUUCAAGGUCAGUGUGAAGAGUGGAGAAGGGCGGCAGGAGCUGGCGCUGCAAGCCUCCAGCUUCUUGGCUAGGAUGAUGUUCCACACUGGAGAUGUUGUCUAUGUAGAUUAUGGCGAGCGACCAAUAUGCGUGCACACCAGGGUGGUUUUGGCUGUCGUGGAUCAUGGCAGUCACGAGUAUGUAGUGCUCACGCCCGACUACGAUGUGUACACAGAGAUUCUUCAUGAAAGCAACCCCGAUUUUACACGUUUUAUGCUACCUGGACCCCAUGGUGGUAUUCCUCGAGGAGUCUCAGCAAGAAAUGUGUAUGCGUUUGCCCCUAUGUCGGCAGCUGAUCUGGCGAAUUACACUCAACAAGGCCGAGCUGAGGCCGAGGCCGAGAUUCUUCGUCGAGGGGCUGCUGCAGCAGGUGUGGGGGAUGCCGAUCCCGGACCCAUGGUCGGAGCUCCAGAGAUCGCUGAUGGCCGGCGCUGGGUGCUGGCCGAAUACGUUCCAGGGCAUAAAAUCGGCGAAGAGGUCGAGUUGAGCUCAGGAGCUGCUAGGGAUGGGGAUUGGGCAAUUCAUCGCGUUCCGGAUCUAUCAGGAACAGUCCACAAUGUCCUGGUUUCGAGGGUUGCGGAUGCCGACUUGGAGUCUUUCUGCGAAGCUCGAAUACACAGGUGCCGCGAGGCUGAGGCCAUGUAUGGUGACGACAGAGCCGCCGGGGAUGAUGCCCGGACCCUCUCCAUCAAAUAUGGGGCCAAUGGCGAGAGAAGCAGGGCUUUCAAGGAAUCGGUUCAGGAGAUGAGGGUCGUAGACUUUGAUGAUUUUCCAUUCGUUCCGAGAACAUGUUGCGACUACCUGAAGGCCGUCUCCAAUGUGGCUGAGUCGUGUCUUGCCCAACAUACCAUGUGGGUGUCACAGAGCGGAAUCCCCAGCGGGGAUCGGUCCAUAUACGAGGACGACUGUCUGAGUCGAAUGAUUGACCUUGCUGUGAAAUUUGAUGGUCUUAACAUUACAAAUUUGGCAUGUUUCGAGUUGGCGGUCCGAAGGAAGCAACUGAUUGCAGAGGCGCACUCGUACUCUCCAGGAGCUCCCUCGUACGAGGCCGCAGACCACUUCCUCCAGACAGGAUAUCGGCCUGGGGGUGCCAUAGUGGUCCCGGCGCUAACAAAACAUGUGGCAGAUAAGCUCCAUCAAGAAGGCCAGAUCCUUAAGGAGCGGCGCAAACUUCGUGAAGAGAAGGGCAUUGGCAAAGGAAAGACGAAAAAUCCCGGGGGCAACAAGGUUUUUCAGCCUCCUCGCCCUCGGGAUGAACGCCAGAGGGAUCUCUUUCCGCUGCCUUUGUUGGUGGAGGAGCCGGAGGUUGCCAAGAAGCGACUCAAUUCGGCCGUGGUCGCCUUGAAUUCACUUUUCUUUGGGAAGGAGAUUCAUUCUGCAAAAACAUGCAUUAGCAUCUCCGACCUGCCUCAAGGACAGGGGGAUGUGCUCAGGAGCCUGAUUCAUAGAUUGGGGUCAUUGGGUCCGCCGCCUGCCGGUGCAUGCUACCGAGAAGCCCUUCAGGCGCUUCAGGUUCCCGGGGGCAGCUAUGAGGCUGAACCCGGUGUUGGCGAUACAGUGCCAAUGGAUUUGAGUUUGUUGUCCCUGCCCACCUUGAAGGGGACAGGGGUUGAUCUUGAGAGUGAGAUGACUGGUGACGUCGGAGAGAUGAUUCGGGACUUCGAGGGGUACCUCUUGCAAGAUGCUUCAGCAUGGGCAUCGGUGGCUGAAGAGGCCGCUCGUAUGAAGCCAUACAAUGACCCGAAGAUGAGACAUCGGGGUUUUUAUCGUGAGUUCCUGCUACGUUUGCAGGGUUGCGGCAUCCUGACGUUUUCCCACCGUGCCCGUGGUAGAGUAGGAGCCUUCACUGUCAGCAAAAAGCCAAAGGUGAUAGACGGUCAGCGCUUCCUCCGCCAAAGGCUCAUUCUCGAUUGCAGGCAAGUCAACUUUCAAUUUAGGCCACCUCCGUUGACGGAGUUGGGGUCACUUGCUGCGCUAUGUGAGAUCGAGAUUGGGCAGGGAGAGACCAUGUACAUCGGGGGUGCGGACAUUGCUGAUUGUUUUUAUGGCUGCAGGCUCCCGGCUGGCAUGGAAUCUUUCUUCUGUUUCAAGGAAGACCUCACGGUGAAGGAAGCCAGGGCCUUGUUCCAGGACUUACCAGAAUGGGUCAAUGACCUGGAUGAGCAUAGCAUCGUUUCUCCGUGUCUGAGUGUUCUGCCGAUGGGGUUUUCCUGGUCAUUUUACAUUGUUCAGCAGCUCCACGAACAAAUCACCAUGCAGGCACUUUCCCUUGAUCAUCGUGACCUCGUGUUGGAUGCACAUCCUGCGCGGGAUUUCAGGCCGGGGUCUUGCUUGGCCAUGCCAUACUGCGACAAUGUGCACGUGAUCGGCAAAGAUAGCAGAUUGGUUGAGCGAGAUCGUCUAAAGGUCUGCGAGUGUCUUCGAGAAAGGGGUUUUCAAGUUCAUGAAGAGGUGCCGGCCAGUGACGUUAUGCCUACCUUGGGAGGCAUUGUUGAUGGAGGCGCUGGGGUUGUUAGAUCUACGCCCUCGCGCCUGUGGAAGAUCACAAUCGGGUUUGAGCACUGCUUGCGGAGACCAGUGAGCUCUGAUUUUGUGCGACGUCUACUGGGGCACGCUAUGGUUUUAUGUGUUCUGAACAGGUGUGGAAUGUCCAUCUUCCGGUCGCUCUACGACUUCAGCACCAAAGGCCUCGGACGCUGUCGGCUUUGGAAUAGUGCAGCUCGGGAGUGCCGUUUAUUUAUCUCCAUCGCUCCCCUAUUAGAAGGUAACCUUCGACGUGAAUGGACAACCCGGGUUACUUGCACGGAUGCUUCACCUGAGGGUUUUGGUAUCGUCGAGUGCGAGUUGGGGGUUGACCAAGUCAAGGAGAUUGGCCGAUGGAAUGAGCGUUGGAGGUUUAAGAGAUUGCCGGUCAGUGAGUGGAGGCCCCGAGAGCGGGCUUUCAACUAUGACAUCGCCUCCGACCUUUUCACCGCGGAGAGGCCGGGGCCGCCACAUGGUGUCAAUCAAGAGUAUGUUGCAAAUGAUGAUUUUGUCGAGGUCCCGUUUGCACUCAUGCAGCCAGAAAGGCGCCUGGCCCGUGACAGUAAGCAGAGGGGUAAGAAAGUGCUCAUCCUCGUCGACAACCUAGCAUUGGGAAUGGCUAUCAGCAAGGGUAGAGUGAAUCCAGCGGAUGGAGGUCUCAAGCGAAAUCGGUCGGAGACGGAGCGCAGAGUGAUCACCGCGAAGGCUCCGCUGGUCUCAAGCUCGCGGCCGGGGAUCGGGCGUCCGAGGAUGGCCAUUGCGGAGGUGAAGCGGGACUCUCGUGUGCUCACGGGGACCAUCGCUGCGAUUCCAGCUGGCAGGGGCAAGAAGGUACGAGCGAAGACUUCGUCGAGGGUCGUGAAGGGGCGACUCUCAUCAACUCCAACGACCGCUGUGGAGAGAAUGGUCAAACUUGGAAAGGAGAAGGCCGCGAAAUCCGAGGAGGAGGCAGAUCACGACAUGACCCUUCUCGAGAUGGCGAGCGUCAGCGAAGCCCAGCGAAACCAGUACUCGAAGUACCUCAUCUCAUUCAAGGACUUCUGCAAGGAGCACGUGAAGGAGUGGCCCCCGGAGGACCUCGAUUGGAUGCUGGCGGACUUCUUCGACGACAUGUUCUUGGAGGGGAGCUCACUGGCUGUAGGAGAGAAAACCUUGGCUGCGGUAGAGUUUCGGUUUGUUCACUCCAAGAAGGGGCUCUUGCGAGCUCGGAGGGCUCUGAAAGGGUGGAGGAAGAUGAGGCCGCCUACCAGUCGCCUCCCAUUGCCCAAGCCAGUGGCGUUCGGAAUCGCGACGGUGAUGAUUGCGAGGGGGUUCAAGGACAUGGCGAUCAAAGUGCUUGUGGACUUCGACCUCUACCUCCGACCAGGGGAGAGCUUCGACGUGAGAGCAAAGCAUGUUGUUCGGCCAAUCCCCCGUUCCGGGAAGCAGUAUCAGAAGUUUGCUGUGAUCAUUCGGGAUCAGGACAUGGGGAAGCCCGACAAGACGGGGACUUUCGACAACACGAUCCUGCUGGACAAUCCCACUACGGAGAGCUGGCUAGGGCCUCACCUGUGUCGCCUGGCCAAAAAGGUGACAGAGGACUCCCCAGUGUUCCAGUUCACCCCCGAGGAGUUUCGGAAGCAGUUCCAGAGCGCUGCGGAGGCCCUUGGAUUGAAGCACCUUCAUCCAUAUCAGCUCCGACACGGUGGGGCAAGCGAGGAUCUCAACUCCAAGCUACGCGACCAUAUCGCGGUUCGCGAGCGGGGUCGUUGGAAGACCGAUUCCAGCUUACGUCGCUAUGCAAAGACUGGGAAGCUUCAGAAGCUGCUAGGGGACCUGAAAGAGUCCCAUCUCGAGUUCUGCCAGCAGAGUGUGCGUCGCAUGCCGAAAGUCCUGGACGGAACCCUGCCGGCUCAGCUUCCCUAG